ACUUGUUGGGUGAUUAAUAACUGCAGCGAAUUUAAAAUGUCUCUGCCUCCAAGGAAAGCAAUAAGUGCAACAGGAACGAACGCGGUUGUACAGGCAGUCGAAACAUAUAUUCAAAACCAAAACUUGUUGGGAGAGAUUGCCGAACUGGAUGAGUUGCUAUGUGAUUUAAUUGAUCUGCAUAAGAACAAUGAAUUGGCCCUUAAGCGCGUACUGCAGUGCAUCUACAACCUGCUGCAGAGCAACAACAGGUGGAAUGUGAAGUUUGGAUCGAAGGUAUUUCACAAACUCAUUUCGGUUGUCAUCGCCGAGAGCGAUGAUGACGGAAUUCCACAUGGGCUUCAUCGCCAGCUGGUGGCCAAUUUGCUUAUCUGUGUGCAAAUUCAUGCCCGCAAGUUUCCCCGGGUCGAUGGCAAAUUCCUGCUACGUCAACUUUGGUCUCUAAGCCUAAGCAGCGAACGACAACCGCAUGCCGCCCAAAUCCUGGUGCAGCUCUUUGAUGAUUUCCUACGUGAAAUGGGCGACGAGAGCGCCUGUUCAUCUGAGCUACACGCUGUUAUACAAGACCUGUUGCAAUCAGAAGCUCGCGAGCAACGCAGAUCAGCACACUUUCUCAUGAGGAAACUUCUUAUGAUAGUACAAGAGGAACCCACUGCUAGCACUGCUGGACGGAGCAUACGUGUUCUCGACACUCUUAAAUGCGAUGAGCAUCAGUGGUCCUCCUACAUUGUCAUAAUGGAGACCCUGGAGGAGCAACAAUCGCAUUUAGUGCUGCCCACCCUGAGCACGUUGCUGCCCCGUAUUGCGGAGAGCAAUAAGGAGGAUGAUUGGCUGAUCUGGCUGCGCAUUCUAUAUGCACGGCUAUUGCAGGACAACAACAUAUUGGUUUUGCGCUGGACAUUGGAAUUUUUUUUCAACCGCUUUGAUGUGUCCAAGUUGUGUCAAUACAAACUGCUUCCUGAAUUCCUAGCGGCCACAAACAGAACACAGCUGUAUAAUGUCGAAAGCUACUUUUUGCCAGAGAUAAAUAUGGAGCUCUUCAUGUCGGGCGAGAACCAGGCACAAGAGUUCCUGGAAGCAUUGGCCACAGUGCCCUGGCACUCCGUUCCACUCCACUUUUGGCUGAGCAAAAUGAAACCCAUUAAAGCUCUCAUAAACAAAAAAGUGCUCCUGCAACUCAGCUCACGAGUUCGCGCAUUAACCAAUGCAACUUUGCGACAAAAAGCUAAUGAACUUGUGUUCAAUCUCCUCGAGACCAGUAUAAGCAGCUUGACUCUGGGCGAUUAUCUGAUCUUCAUUGAGACGCUUUUCAAUGUGAGCGAUAAUUUUUAUGACCAUAUACGUUUGAAGGGAAAGAUACAAAAUUGCGAAAACUUCGGCGAAGAGAUUCCUCGUUUCAACAAACGUUGCGGUGAAAUUAUCUUUAAGAAUGGCAUUAUGAUAUUGAUUGAUGAACUUUUAAAACAAUUACGUGCAUUGCCUAGCUCGCAACACGGUUGGUGGCGAUUCUUUCCAAUUUUCAAGCUGAAUGACAUGGAGCCUGAGCAACAGCAGACAUGUUUGCAUUAUUAUAGAACUCAAUAUAAUAUCGAUACUGAAAUGUUUGAGAAGAGCGCAAAUCUUGGGGAACUGCAACAACAUAUGUUGCAGCGUCUGAACUGUCAAACCAAAGAUGAAAAGUCGUUUGUGUUGGAGCACUGCGUCGAUUGUUUUGUCCGGGCUAACCUCGAACAGUGGAGUCAAUUAAAAGAGCUGCAGCUACAGCCAUGUGAUCUUCUAGAAAGUGGCACAAAAGCAACGUUGGCUCACUUAACCCAACUAUUGGAGUUUAGCGACACAAGAAUCGAAGACGAAGCAAAUGUGCUCUCCACCGUGAUAAACCUUUCGAACAAGCAUCCCAACUGUGAUGGAGUCGCUGCGAGCGUUGUAAGCUAUGCGAUAAAGUUUUUAAGCGAUGAUGAAAAUACGAAACUUGUAAGAGAUACAGUUAAUAAUCGCAAUGGUCUCAUAUCGUGGUAUAUUUUAACCAACGCGAUUCCCAAUUCCUUAAUUCUUGAAAGUAUCCUAAAUGGCGAGAUAACCACCGGAGACGCACGCAUUGAAUUAGCAUAUAUCGACAGCCUUAACAAUAGUCCAUUCGACGAUGUAGACCUGCGAACCAGAUCCAUAUAUUUCCUGAAGCAGAAACCUAAGCCGGAUAUAGUAAAUGCCAUCUGCAGUGAACUCCAGGACAUCAACAAAGAGUUGAACGUGAAGAAGCCGCGUUACUAUGAAAAUUGCAAAGAGCAUAGGAUCAAAAUACGCAUUGCUAGAGCACUUUUAAUAUUGAAGGACGGAAUCAAAUGGUCCGAUGAAAUGUGGAACGCUGUGCUGGCGCUGAAUGAUCAACUGAACAUUAGCUAUAUGUAUGAGUGCCUUGUUGCUCAGCUGCUUCCUGACAUCAAAGAGUUGAUGGAUCGAAUGCAAUCAUUGGCAACGCUCAAACCCAGUCAGCAGGUAUCAAUAAUUUCCAUAGCUCAUAUAUAUUGCUUUUUGAAUUGGAAAGUCCUCGAGUUGACACAAUUACAAUGCAUUGUAAACUUACUGUUGCCGCACACAAUGGGAGCGCACUAUCAAACCCGACUCUUCGCCCAACUCGUUCUGCAUAAACUUGCAGUAAAGUGCGAAACAAGCAGCAUGGAAUGGCCUAUUCUUAAUACAAUAAAGGCUACCAUUGAAACGACUUUGGGUACAAAGUUGCAUGAGUUGAACAAUGAAACCCGUCUCUUACUACCGGAAAUAAGCUCAAAUUACUCAAAUGCUGACAUUAUCUUGUAUAUGACCAAUACGCCAUUUGAUGAAUAUAAAAAACCUAUGAUCACUGAUGAGGCGCUUAGAGCUAAGGUAGAAGCGACACGAGCUGCAUUGAAAGCGAGAAGGAACCCAACCCCAAUUAUACCGGAAGUUCUAGUGAAGGCGGCUAAUUUAAAUGUUCAGCGGAAAAUUAAUCCUAUCAACGAUAUAUAUACAGACAGUGACUUAGCCCAAAGUUCAGAACAAUUGAAUGAGCAGGAGCUUAUAGUGGUUGCAUCUCUCAUAGAUAAGUUACCCAAUCUUGGCGGGUUAGCGCGCACCUGUGAGGUAUUGGGCGUUAAAACCCUGAUUUUGGGCGCCAAAUCUUUUGCACUUAAAAGUGACUUCACUAAUUUAAGCAUGACCGCCGAGAAGACUCUUAAUAUUGGUGAAGUCAAGCCCGAGUCACUGGCCAGCUAUUUGAUUGAAAAACAAUCCCAGGGAUAUAAAAUUGUGGGAGCAGAACAAACAGCACACAGCACUAACUUCACAGAUUUUAAAUUUCCUGAAAAGUGUGUUCUGCUCUUGGGGCAUGAGAAGCACGGAAUACCAGUGGAUCUGAUAGCAUUAUUAGAUUUUGCUGUAGAAAUACCACAAUUUGGUGUAGUACGUUCUUUAAAUGUGCAUGUGACUGGCUCUUUGUUUAUUUGGGAAUACUGCAAGCAGCAUUUAAAAAAGUAAAACUAUAUACAUAUA